CGAGUGUACACACCGACGCUGAGCGGAGAACAGGAGGAUUAAAAAAAAAAAAAAACUCUAAAGCGGGCAACCUGAUCAGCCUUUCGGGUGUGGGAGGGUUACUGUUUUGUGUCUGCUAGACCGGGGGAGCAGGGGGAAGGAGGAGGAACGGAUAAUGAGCUAUUCUUGUACCAGCACAGGCAACAGCCAGGACCCAUCGAGCGCUAAGAAGUCCGGCGGCGUUAAUCCCAGUAGUUGCAGCGGCGGAGACACCGGUAACGGCAACAACAGUCACAGCAUCCGCGGCAGCCAAGCAAACUCAAAGCCCGAUUUAACCGAGGCCAUGAAAGUCAAGAAGGGCUGUAACAUGACAGACGUCGGGGUCCCCAUCACCACAGAGGAGGAAUUGCUCGCGAACAAAACGAUCAGCGCCGAGGAUGUGCUGGGAUUGCAGAAGAUCACUGAAAACUACCUAUGCGGCCCAGAAGACAAUGUUUACAAUAUUGACUUCACGAGGUUCAAGAUCAGGGACAUGGAGACAGGGACAGUGCUGUUUGAGAUCACCAAACCUCCAGCCACAGGUGGGGAUAAAAGAGAUGUUGAUCCAAACGCUGGGCGAUUUGUACGGUAUCAGUUCACGCCGGCUUUCUUACGGCUGCGUCAAGUAGGUGCCACCGUUGAAUUCACAGUGGGGGACAUUCCUAUCAAUAACUUCCGGAUGAUUGAGAGGCACUACUUCCGUGAACAGCUGCUGAAAAGCUUUGACUUUGAGUUUGGCUUCUGCAUUCCCAGCAGCAAGAACACCUGCGAGCACAUCUAUGAGUUCCCUCCACUCUCCGAGGAUCUCAUACGUGAGAUGAUCCUACAUCCCUAUGAGACGCAGUCUGACAGUUUCUACUUUGUGGACAACAAGCUGGUAAUGCACAACAAAGCAGAUUACUCUUACAGCGGAGGCCCUUAAGACACCAGGGGGUGGAGCCUGAAGCAGAGAGUUUGACUGACAGACCUAUGAACCAAUCAGACAUCUUUCUCCACUAGUCAUGCCCUCCUUGAUACAAUGUCAUAAACCACUGCCUACAGUGCUCAUUGCCUGUUUUCAUAAGAUCUAGAGAGUCGAACUUUCACAAGGUCUUGUCCGAUACAUACAUAUCCUAUUCUGAUUUCCACACUGCCAUUUGUUCACAGUACAUCAGCAAAUAUAGCUAUUUAAAUGUCUAUUUUUACGCCCUCAAGUGAGCAAAUGAAAAUAAGGUUACAUGUUUUGUAUGGGCAAAGCACUGUGAUGUGAAUGGUUCUUGAGUGUAUGUGGAUUUUGAUUUCAGUAAUUUUGUGUGCGUGUUGUGGACAGUGCUCACAAUUUAAGACCGAUAAAAUCAUUUUGUAUUGCUGAUGUCAAAUAUUUAUUUCCCCAUCAGAAUAAGCUACAUACCUGUAUAUCAUAUUUCAUACUUAUGAACUUUGCAACCUAAAUAGAACAUUAUUUUAUGGUAAAAUACAAUCAAUAGAUUUGUGUUGCAUUAGAUAUAUUUUGAUACCUGAACAAAGUUGAAACUUGCUUAAUUUUGAGAUGUUGAUAUUUGUGUGUAUAAAAAAAACAGCAAAAAAAAAAAAUGAAUUGUAAUAGUUGAAGAUCAGUUAAAGGUGCACAACUGACAUGGAUUUACAGUGGUGUGCAGUUUGGUCUACUGGAUUCACUUAACGUAAUAAAAACCUUUGCUUUCAAA